GAAAUCAUCAACCUGCCGUGCACAGCGUGCAACGGGCUGGCGAAGCUCUGUGGCCAGAUCAGCUGCAAGCCCUGCGAGGAUCUGUGCAACAGGCCGCUGGGAAGCUACGUGCUCUUGGCGAUCUGCGUGGGCGGCUGCGAGGUCUUCGUGACUAUCCACGCCCUGCUCCACAAGGCGCGACGCUGCCGGCCCCCCCCUGCGGGGCGCGGAGGGUCCGCCGUGGCUGCCGCCUCAG